AUGACCCGCAUCUUCCUUCUCGGCGCGACAGGAUACAUCGGAGGCGAAGUCCUCCACGCUCUACAGCACGCGCACCCGGACUACGAGAUCGCCGCGCUGGUUCGGAGUGCGGAGAAGGCGGGCAGGGUGGUUGCUGCGUACCCUCGGGUCCGGGUGGUCAGUGGGGAUCUGGACAAUACGUCGCUCGUUGAGGAGGAAGCGCGGAGGAGCGAUGUUGUUAUCCACGCCGCAAGUAACAAGCACAUUGGCAGCGUGGAGGCCAUUGCAAGGGCGCUGAAAGGCAGACGCGACGCAUACUACAUCCAGGUUACCGGUGCCAGUGUCCUCGGGGGUCCCGAGAUCGACGCCAGUGCCUACGGCGAGGCUUCGGAUAAAGUCUACGAUGACCUCGACGGGGCCCAAGCCGUCCGUGACCUGAUCCUUGCGUACCCCAACCGCCGGGUGGUGGACAACUUUAUCCUCAAGCUUGCGGGCAGCGGGCCCAAGACUGCGAUCAUCUUCCCUCCUAUUAUCUUCGGCGCUGGCAGCGGACCCGGCAACCAGCGCAGCAUCCAGGUGCCCUCCAUAGCGAAGAAUGCGCUAAAGGACAAACAGGCUGCGUAUGUCGGCCAGGGCCUGAGCCGCUGGGGUGCCAUCCAUGUCGCGGACCUCGCGCAGCUGUUUGUCAAGCUCGUUGAGAAGGCUGCCGAGGGUGGAAACGGUGACAUCUGGGAUGAGAGCGGGCUGUACUUUGCCGAAUCUGGUGAGAUGUCCUUCAGAGACAUCGCGAGCCUCGUCGCCAACGAGGUAUACAAGCUGGGCUUUACCGAAAAGCCGGAUGCCACCCGGUCCAUUACGGCUGAGGAGUGCGACCGGCUGUUCUUUGCUCACGGGGCUGUGGUUCUCGGUACGAAUGCACGCGGGAGAGCCCUGCGUGCGAGAAAGCUGCUGGGCUGGCAGCCGGUCAAGGGGGCGUUGGAGGAUUAUAUCUCCGAGACGGUUGCUGCGGAAGCAAAGCAAUUUGAUAGCCUGUAG